AGUCCAUAGGCUGAGGAAAUAGUGAGUGUGUGCAUGCAUGAGACGUGAGUGUGUGUGUAUUAUUACCGUACCAUACCCAUAUGCAUAGCCGAACCCGCCGCACGUUUUACAACUCUCGGCAGAUAAUCUUCACGAGGCAACAAAACAACACUGAAUCUUUUACCGCGAUUCUACUACUCUAAACUUCUAGCUUUGAGAGUCUGAGUAGAGAAAACCUGAAGACAAGAAAGGCAAAUUCUUGCCCUUUUUCAUCAGAGGAUGGAGGAUCCUCAAGUACAAGGUUACAAUUCAAGUCUUGAGAAGGUACUGAAAAGUUAUCAGACUGUCGCAAUGUCAAGUUUGGGAGGACCGAGCAGCUAUCGCCCAAGUUGGGCAGAGGCGGCCGUAAGUAUGGCUGGUAAACAACUCGUUGAUCCGAUCAUGAAGGAAACCGUGGUUCGCGUGUCUGCGAGCAAGGCGGCCGCCUUAGGACAACAAGCACAUGCACAGCAGCGAAGCUUGGCCAGUGCCACUACAGUCAAGAUGGAAUAUGACCCCUUGCUUCAUCCACCGCCAUUUCCAAUACAGCAAAUGCCAGUCUUCACUCCAAAUGAUCAGACGAAAAGCGAGAAAGGAGCCACAAUUUUGGAAGAUGAGGCCAUCUCAUGCUUUGCUGUCGGGGGCGAGAAGCGCCUCUGCCUGCCGCAGAUUCUGAACAGUGUUCUCCGAGAUUUUAGCCUGCAGCAGAUCAAUGCUGUUUGCGAUGAAUUGCACAUCUACUGUUCCCGAUGUAGCCCCGAACAGCUUGAAAUCCUCAAAGUUACAGGAAUCUUGCCCUUCAGUGCUCCUUCUUGUGGACUGAUUACCAAGACCGAUGCUGAGCGCCUGUGCAACGCACUUCUGCACGGGAUCAUGAUCAUGGACACCCGCUCUCCAAAGUCCAUGGGGCUGAUGGCCCAGGAUGAAAAGCCCAAACACCCGACCGAAAAAAGCAUGAAAGUCUACCACGAAUGCUUCGGGAAGUGCAAGGGUCUUCUCACGCCAGAACUCUAUGAAACUGCCAACAGCUCAUGCAUUGAAUGCCUGGAAUGCAGCGUCAUGCUUACACCUCAGAAAUUCAUCGUCCAUGGACAUAAGCGCAGAGAAACACGCACUUGUCAUUGGGGUUUCGACUCUGACAACUGGAGGAAUUACCUUCUCUUGGCCAGUGACCAGAAUCCCGAGGAAAAAUACAAGGAGGCAUUAGACAACGUGAAGGCCAAAUUCGACCCCACCUGCAAAUACAAGAGGAAACAGGUAUAAAACAAAGUUUAGACCUAAGAUUAAGAAGAAAAAAACAAUUGUUAAAACAAUUAAAUUAAUCAAACAUGUCAAAUAUAUAAAUUGAGUUACUAAAAUUGCAAGGGCAGUGAAGGAACAUUAUUUUACACAAAGUUAUCUGUAUUUCUAUUUCUUUGUUAACAAAUUUAGUGGUGGGAAUUACAACUUGAACUCACAUUACAAGUCAAUACAGGACCUUGUAGAUCUAAACCUAAAAGAUAGCUAUGGUUUUCAAUCAAAGCAAUUUGGCAUAUAACAGUAGAAGAGAAAAUGAGAGAUUGUGUUUGUCAUAGUAGAAGAAGGAUGACCCUGUUCACCCUGAU